UUUAUUUUAAUAAAAUAAUGUGUUUUUAACACACAUUCGGUUUUCUUUUCAAGCAAUUUCACAAUCAAGAAAUGAGCAUGACGGUUAAAGGAUUAGACGCUAGACUAGAGCCGAGCGAACACGUUCUAUUUUCAAACUGGACAUGCUCGUAUUGCACAUACGUCGAAAUCAACAACUACAUAUGUAUACAUAUGUUACAAAAACGUGAUUGGUUACGAGGACGAUCGAAGGUCUGUACAAUGGAAUUUACAGUAACGGUGCGAGCGGUGCGCUGAACGCCUAUUCGCAUACAAUCACGCAUUUAUGUUCGCUCCUUUCAGCUGUAUUGUAUAACGUGUGUGGCUAUUUCUACCAAUGCAGAUCAAUUUUUUAAUCUUGCUCUUUUUCUAAUUCUCAAAAUCAGAGAAAAAGAUCGAGAGUAAAACCGAAAUUUAAGUUAAUCCAUAUUGGUAGAAAUAGAUGUAAAGGGGAUAUAAUAUAAUAUAACGCUUUUCGAUCAAUUUGGAGUUGAGUUUUCGUCAAUAAAAAUAAUAUUCAGGUAUCAAUGAAAAGCGAUAUUUCUUUUGAUGAGUUUAAAUCGCCGAGAAGAGAACUAUCGAUCUCUCAAUCAAUUGAAAGGUAAAUAGCGAAUAUUUUCUUCAAUAAAAGAUACAUUGUGCUAAAACCUGGCGGUCGACAUUUUCUCGCUGAGAGAAAUGUCAACUCCAAACUGACGGAGGAAUUCUCCGGAAACUCACAGAGUUCACACGCGGUGGUACCACUUCAUGGGUACCAUUUCGAGAGAGCAGACUUUCCGACGCGGAAGCGCACGGAAGUUAAGAUUCCUGAAACUUGGCUCACCUCGCGCGUCGAUUGCAGUGCUGAGUGCGACACAGUGCGACACAGCCAGCGGCAGACAGAGCUCGUUACAACAACGCAAAUAGAAGUGAAAUAUUUGCGGACGCAAUAUUCGCAAGUUUCGACUGAUAUGGUGCAUCUCCAGUGAUAAUCAUAAUGAAAGACUCGGAGUUGAUAGUACAAGGGGCAGAGGCACGUCUCUAUAAGGGAAUCUAUUUAGGAAGGACGUGCAUGAUGAAGGAGAGAUUCGUAAAGAAUUACCGACACCCAGAGCUAGACGCUCGUCUCACCAAGGAUCGCAUCAGAGCAGAGGCUCGCGCCAUUGUCCGGGCAAAGUCCGCAGGAAUAGCAACGCCCGCUUUAUACUUAGUAGACUUGGAGCGACGCAGAAUUUACAUGGAAUACAUAGAAAACGCCACAGUGCUGAAAAACUUCAUAGAUGAGAAUAUUUCGGGAAAAAUAGACGUGGUUCAUUUGCUAGAUUUCAUAGGACGCGGACUGGGCACAGUGAUAGCUAAGCUGCACUCGAAGCAUAUUAUCCAUGGCGAUUUGACCACAUCAAAUAUACUGCUCAAGAACAACUCAAUCGAGUCACUUUACAACGAUCAAUCAGGAGCCGAGGCACAGUUUGUAAUGAUUGACUUCGGAUUGGCCCGAGUGGAUUCCACACUGGAAGAUAAAGCCGUCGAUCUAUAUGUUCUCGAGCGAUCGCUACUUAACGCGCAUUGCGAAGUGCCGGAGUUGUUUUCCCGUGUUUUUCAUUACUAUCAACAGCAUUAUCAAAAUAAAAAGCAGUAUGAGCAAAUACUCGCUAAAUACAAGCAGGUACAAGCGCGAGGACGCAAGCGCUUGAUGGUUGGCUAAAGCAAUGGAAACGUCGCUGAAAUUUAUAUCAUAAAGUUCUGAGGAAAAUAUGAAGCGUACAAAUGUAUUUUUAUAGCAUUACGAAACGUCUUUUAGUAGAGAUUAACUCAAGCGAGAACGAAACAAACGAGUUUUGCGAAAAUUCGAUUGCGAUUAGAGUGGUUAAAAUU